GUUGUCGAUCGAUCAUCGUUACUCGCAUAUGACAGACGCACAGUGCCGAUCAUAUUAUAUACGUGUUUUUUAUACGAUAUAUUUCCGAAUAAAUAACGAUAAACAUAACGAUAUAUACACAACGAAAAAUGAUGCAUCUUUCGUCCACCAUCGCAGUCUUGAUGAUCGUGGUUGCAGCAGCGUCUGCCGGCCUUUAUCCGGCGACGAUGGGCAGCAAAGGCGCCGCCGUGGGGCGCACGAAAUCUGGCACCAACCGUGACACUUCAGGCGAUAGUUACCACAUGCAGUCGUCUGAUGGACAGUAUGUGUUUGGACACACCAAUAGCGAACAGGGCAGAGCCGAGAUGCGCGACAGCGACGGCACGGUGACCGGAUAUUACAGUUACGCGGACCGCGACGGUCGAGUGGUUCGCGUUGAUUACGUGGCGGACAAGGGCGGAUACAGAGUGAUAUCAAACUCCGGUGUGCAGUCCGCUUCGGUGACCGUACAGGCGGACGGCGGUGGUGCUCCAGCUGCUCAAAGCGAUUUCCGGAAAAUGUACACGGAUUUGACCCGCCGCAUCAAAAACACAGUCGUGCAACGAGGUCAAAAAGUGGUGGAUCCCACCGGUGAAGGCCAACAGCCAAUCGUCGUGGAUCCGAUUUCAUACCCUACUGAAGAGACAAAACAUUCAAACCCCGAAGAAAAAAUCAAUUUUCCGGAUUGGAGUCAAGUGAAGAUUUCUUCGACCCAAAAGCCAAUGGAUGGAAUUGAAUACAGCGAAGGACAACAACAACAACAAGAAACUGUAGAUCCUAAUUUGGAUAGUGUAAAGAUUACAACUCAAAAAUCAAAUAUUAAGGAAAAUGAAAACGAUGGCCAAGAAUCUAUUGACGAAUUUAAGAAUGGAAUGAUCACUACAGAAAUGCCUUCAGGACCAUUAGUUCCGAUUCAGCCUCAAGUUCCCACAAAAGGCGAUCGUAAGGGAGGAUAUUCUGAUACAGUAUCCCACGAAGAUCAGGCCAAGGAAAUUACGACUGAAGUCGGCAAUUCUAUGAUCGCUGCAGAAUCUACCGUAAUCGAUGACACAGAAAAUAAUUCACCGGUCACAAAACCCACAUCGAUUAUAAAUGACGUUCAAACAACGGUAUCAUAUUACGACAGGCCUGGACAAACCACUGAAAGUAGCGACGACCGACUAGCUUUCCAGACAACAAUCUCUGGAGUGAAACAAUUUGAUGAAUAUUCGACAGCGGUGGUUUCAGAAAGUGCGACGGAGCAUUACCGAACCAUUAAAGAGAACGAGGACAAAAUUAAGAUUUCAUCUGAAACGGAUGUGCUGGUGACCAUCAAACCACUACAGGAUAAUGAAUCAUUCGAAAAUGUACAGACUACAGUUGAACCAAGCCGUCAAACCGACGUCCAAACUACUGGCGUACCGUCCAGUGUCGAUUCCACGACGAUCGAAACGGUAAACGGAAAUCCUGCCGUAGUCAGUACAGUGCGGCCUUUGUACGAAUCUGAUAUCACUACAUCACAGACCGGUGGCAGGGUCGGUGACACGGAAACCGCAACUGCAGUCGAUGCAGCCGGUAUUCAGUACGUGACCGAACAGAACAAUAAUAAUGAAGACCGCCCUGAGUUUAGAACCCUAGAGCCCACAGAGUCGAUUGGGACUACCAUUAGACCCGAUUUCGAAAACUCCCAGCAAGAACUACAAGAUAUUGUUUGGCCAGAAAUCCCACAAGAACCAGUGCCUCAAGUUUUGGUACCUCUGGAUCCGUAUCCCGCCGAAAAUCUGCGGCCGAAAAAUGCUGGUGUCAAGACUCGGCCAAAUGAUUCGAGACCGGUAAGGUCAGAGAUUACAAAUCGGAUGAAUUGAAGUCAGCGGUCAACAUCUCAGAAAUUGAAACAACGACUAUGAUAAUAAGUAACGACGAAGAAAACGGAGCUAUGUUCAACUUUCCCAAGUAUUAUCUCAUUGGCUGACGAUGGACGUCACAUAUAAUGAUAAAUAAAUAAUAAUUGAUUACAUUUUACCUACGAAUAUUGUGUUCAUUAGACUUGUUUAUAAUAUAAUAAUAAUGCUUUGCUUUACGUGUAUACCCACAAUUAUGCCAAUCAUAAUAAACAAUUUUACUUUUCUUGAAAUAAAUGACAUAUUAUAUAUACUUAAAUUGAAAUGAAUGUAUUCGAAUAAUUAUUAUUGUAGUCUGUAGUACAUCGUUUUAAAGUCUUGUACAAUAUAUUUAGAUAUUCUAAACGAUAAUACUUGAAACGAAUAAACGAAAUAUUAUGUUUGUUACUUCGCGGUUGUAAUUAUUAUUUUCUGAUAAGACUCUUAAUUUUUUUUUUUAAUGUUAUUUGAAUUUUCAACGUUGCGGUGGAGAAUUUAAUCGAAAGAAUUCCACGUGAAACGGAUAAGUGCGAUCAAUUUUUUUGGUUUCACAUUGACGGCCGCUGUCAAUAAAUGCAACAAAUGUGUUCUUCGAAAAAAACGAAACGAAUGCACUUUCCAGAAAUUAGUCGUGUACGUUAUUAAACGAUCCAGCUUCACGUUAAACCACAACACUGUUAGAUUUCAUCUAACAUUGUUACAGUGUAAAAUAAAUUAAAUAACUAGCAGUCGAACAUUCCCACUGCAGCACAGGUUAGGAGUUAGGACUUAGGACGCGUAAACGGUUAAAUAUAUUAUGUAUAGGUAAUAGCAUUGAGUAUAGACAGUCUAUAGACUAUCUAUACUCAAUGGUAAUAGCCAAUAGGUAUACAAUAGGUAUAAUAUAUAUUAUAUAUUAACUUAUUAUUUAUCAGUUAUCAGUUAUUACUUAUUAUUUAUUAGAAGUUUAAGUUUUGUAGGAACAGUGUAUAAUAUUAAUAUUUAUAAAUUUAUAAAAUAUAUUAUGUAUUAAACGUGA